UGCUGAGUCUGAGCCCUUCACAUGCAAGCUACUACAGGGUAGAAGGUCCUUAUUGCAUAACUGUAAUAUUAAGCUCUGCAUGUAAAUACUGUAAAUCACACCUAUAUCAAAGAGACCUGAAACUGAGGGAGUUAAAAACAAGGACUAUGACUACAAGAAGUACAUUCAGUAAAAAAGGAGAAACUACAGAUGUGGAUAUUUCCAGCACCACCAUUCGACACUAUGAAUCAAGAGACAAUUCCGAUGUCCUACGGAUGUUCACACAAUGCCACAUAGAUUUAAUUAUACCUGCCUUCAGACGAGCAUUGAAACAACCAUCCAAUAUCAGCUUGCUUCUUGUGUGUGGUACUGUGGCCUAUGUAAUUACUCAGUCUGUAAUGGCUGUAAUGUUAGUAAUGGCUGUCUUAGCCUUUGUAAUAUACUAUGCAUGCAAAAUGGUGUAUAUAGAUUUUAUAGAGUUAAUGCUUAACACUGAAAUGGCUGACAUAGAGGAACAUUUCUUGAGACCCCCUGGUUCCUGUUUUUGGGUGGCAGAAGCAAAUGGUAAAGUAAUUGCCACAGCUGGAUUGAAGAAAACUUAUGAAAAACCCCAAACCUGCAAACUGACUCGUGUGUUUGUUGACCCUCACUACCGACGUUCUGGGUUAGGAAGAAAGAUGAUGCAAGAGGUGCUGGGUUUUAUAGAACAUAAUGGAUAUAAAACUUGUGUACUAGAUACCACGGUUUUACAAGUUGCUGCUAUAAACUUAUACAAAAAAAUGGGAUUUCGUGCAUGUGGACAAAUUUCAUUCCCUGGAAACACUUGCGUUAUUUUUUUGUCUCAAGUAUACUUGCUAAAGUUUGAAAGACAUUUUUAAGGUAAUAAAUCCCAAUCAGAAUGAUGCAUCUUUCCCUACUGCUCUGUAAUUGCCAAGGUGAAAUACAUUUUUAUUUCCAAUGUGCUUAUUUCACAACUAGAUAAAGGUGGGAUUUAAAACAGAACCCUCUGGACCAAUGUAAUUCAUCUGACUGUAAUGGAAUGUAUAUAUGUAAUCUAGUAGCAAUGAAACCAGUGCCUUAAUAAAAAGAGUAUAUAGCCUUUAAAAUUAAAGCCAUUUUAAGAACCGUUA